GGUACGCCCCACUCCUUGCCGUUAGCCGUUGUUGUAUCCUAUGCUACUGAACAGAUAUGUUGCGGUACUAGCUACACACUAUAGCAUUAAAGCCACGAAAAGAUGCGCCUUUACGGGAUUAAAACAAUAAAACAAACAACGAGAAGUCUGGAAAAACUUUGCCCAACUGUGCCCAAACUUUGAUAGGCUACAACACAAAUCACUUCCCUCCAGUUUCGAGUGUGUUAGCACUGUUUUAUCUCACCAUUAUUGCCAUUGGACGCGGUUUUUUUUUCUUCUGGAGCAGUCCAAUCUAAUGAAUUCACCGAAAAAAGACGGAGAUGAUGAUGUGCCCGUUAAAGACCCGGUAAAAUACGGCGAAUUGGUCAUUUUGGGGUACAAUGGCUCUCUUCCAAGCGGAGACCGUGGGCGUAGAAAGAGCCGCUUUGCCCUGUAUCGAAGGGCCAAGGCCAACGGUGUCAAACCCAGUGCUGUGCACAUCCUCAACACGCCACAGGACAGCAAGGCUGUCCACAGCAGGGGGCAGCACAGCAUCUCUUUCACUCUGUCCCGUAACCAGACGGUGGUGGUGGAGUACUGCCAUGACAACAACACAGACAUGUUCCAGAUUGGACGCUCCACAGAAAGUCCCAUUGACUUUGUGGUGACGGACACCUCCGGAGGGGGGAAGGAGGGGGAGGACCCCUCCAUUGCUCCCAGCACCAUCUCCCGUUUUGCCUGCAGAGUGGUGUGUGAACGCAACCCACCGUACACUGCACGUAUCUACGCCGCCGGCUUUGACUCUUCCAAAAAUAUCUUCUUAGGGGAGAAAGCAACAAAAUGGAAAAACCCUGAUGGGCACAUGGACGGCCUGACCACCAACGGGGUGCUGGUGAUGCACCCGGAGGGGUUCCCAGAGGACCCCAAGCAGGGUCUGUGGAGGGAGAUCUCCGUCUGUGGGGACGUUUACGCCCUGCGGGAGACACGCUCUGGACCCAGCCGGGGCAAACUGGCCGAGGGGGAGAGCAGCGCACUACGCGACGGGUCCCUGGUUGACCUGUGCGGCGCCACCCUGCUGUGGCGUACAGGCGAGGGGCUCAUGCGGGCUCCCACCCUGCGUCACCUGGAAGCACUUCGCCAGGAGCUCAAUGCGUCCCGGCCCCAGUGUCCCGUAGGCCUCAGCACGCUGGCCUUCCCCAGCCUGCCGCGCAGCCACAGCCUUGAAGAGCGUCAGCCUUGGGUCUACCUCGCUUGCGGCCAUGUCCAUGGACGCCACGACUGGGGCCAGAGAUCUGAGAGAGUGGAGGUGCCGGGAGAGGGCGAGGGCUCCACAACCCGCCGAGAAUGUCCCCUGUGCAGGAGCGUGGGUCCCUAUGUGCCCCUGUGGCUGGGCUGCGAGCCGGCUGUGUACGUGGACGCUGGAGCCCCCACUCACGCUUUUGUGCCGUGCGGCCACGUCUGCUCAGAGAGCACAGCCAGGUACUGGGCUGAGACCCCGCUUCCUCACGGGACGCACGCCUUCAGACCCGUGUGCCCCUUCUGCUCCUCUGCCCUCAGCACCCCCGGCUGGACGCGGCUCAUCUUCCAGGGCCCCAUCGACUAGUCGCCACUCCUCAGCAACCACUAUCACAGUAACAGAAAGACGCCUGGGCUUCAUUCAGGUUGUCGACGUUGGUCAGCGCUCAGUAAGGAUAGGUAAUUGAUGAGGAGUGCAUGUGACUCAGGCCACACACACACUGUGUGUAACCAACACCGGCCAACGUUGUUACUGAAUGGAGCUCACAGCUGAAUCCCUCCUGUUCUUUAUCCUUCAAUUCUUGUUCAUUGGUAUAAGAUCUGGUGAAAAAGUGCAAAAUAACAUAACAGCAUAAUCAAUACUGUCAUGUCUCUAAACUCUAACCCUCUGUCAGGCACGCUGUUUUUCAUUCCAACCAACCAAACACUACACUUUCACUGAUUACCUAACCUUCAAGUAAAAUUGAAUAUAGACAGUAGGGCUGUCUCCUCUUAGUCGAUUAGUUGACUAAUCUGUGGUUUUGGUAUUGGUCGACUAAGAUUUCUUUAGUUGAUAAGUCAUUUUUUGUGCUUAUUCAUGCUUAUUUAAGCAUUUCCAAGAAUCUAUGAGCACAUUUCUGGUGAACACCAGAUUUAAAGUGGUGCUUUUGCAGGAUUGAUUGUGUAGAAACUCAGUUUUACAGAUGGUUAAUCAACUAUAUUUAUAUUAUGCUUUUCUAGUCUUAACCACCUCUCAAAGCGCACAGCUGUUGAUUAUAUCAACUAAUCGAUUAGUCGAAAA